GGGAAGGGGAGUGGGUUGUGCUUUUCUGUUCUCCCAUUGUCAGCCAGUGUAAGAGAGUGUUGGGAAAAACCUGUCUGCGGGAUCCUGUGUCAUCUCUCGCUACAUGUGUACAGGAAAAUUUCUAGAUAGUUUGAAGUUCUGCGGCUGGACUCUACAGGACCGAGGGCAACAGGGCUCCAACAUACAAGGACCCUACAGUAUCGUCCGCAGCAUGAGCUGGCUGACUAGGAUUGCAUUGCUUUUCUUGGGAGUAUUACUAGCAGAAAGAGUGAACUGCCAGCAUGUGAAGAAUAACGUGCCAAGACUCAGAUUAUCCUAUAAAGAGAUGUUGGAAACCAACAAUGUAAUCACUUUCAAUGGAUUAGCCAAUAGCUCCAAUUACCACACUUUCCUUUUGGAUGAGGAACGGAGUAGACUAUAUGUUGGAGCAAAGGAUCACAUAGUUUCUUUCAACCUGGUUAACAUCAAGGAAUAUCAAAAGCUUGUUUGGCCUGUGUCUCAUACCCGAAGGGAUGAGUGCAAGUGGGCUGGCAAAGAUAUUCUGAAAGAAUGCGCCAAUUUUAUCAAGGUGCUUAAAGCUUACAACCAGACACACUUGUACGCCUGCGGAACUGGGGCUUUUCAUCCAGUUUGCACGUAUAUUGAAAUUGGACGGCAUCCUGAGGACAACAUUUUUAAAUUGGAAGAGUCACAUUUUGAAAAUGGACGUGGGAAAAGCCCCUAUGAUCCCAAAUUGCUGACAGCGUCACUUUUAAUAGAUGGAGAGCUGUACUCUGGGACAGCAGCAGACUUCAUGGGUAGAGAUUUUGCCAUUUUCCGAACUCUGGGGCACCAUCAUCCAAUCAGGACUGAGCAGCAUGAUUCCCGCUGGCUGAAUGAUCCUAGGUUUGUUAGUGCCCACCUAAUACCAGAGAGUGACAACCCAGAAGAUGACAAAAUCUAUUUCUUCUUCCGUGAAAAUGCAAUUGAUGGAGAACACUCUGGAAAAGCCACCCAUGCCAGAAUAGGGCAGAUCUGUAAGAAUGACUUUGGUGGACACAGAAGCCUUGUUAAUAAAUGGACAACUUUCCUUAAAGCACGUCUGAUUUGUUCUGUGCCAGGACCCAAUGGCAUUGAUACGCAUUUUGAUGAACUACAGGACGUAUUUCUAAUGAACUCAAAAGACCCUAAAAAUCCAAUAGUCUAUGGAGUGUUUACAACUUCCAGCAACAUCUUCAAAGGAUCGGCAGUGUGCAUGUACAGCAUGACAGAUGUAAGGAGGGUAUUCCUUGGGCCAUAUUCUCACAGAGAUGGCCCCAACUACCAGUGGGUGCCUUACCAAGGACGUGUGCCAUAUCCACGGCCAGGAACUUGUCCCAGUAAAACAUUUGGAGGCUUUGACUCUACCAAGGACCUUCCUGAUGAAGUCAUCACAUUUGCAAGAAGUCAUCCAGCAAUGUACAACCCUGUGUUCCCUAUCAAUAAUCGUCCAAUCAUGAUCAAAACAGAUGUGGAUUACCAGUUCACACAGAUAGUAGUAGAUCGGGUUGAUGCAGAAGAUGGCCAGUAUGAUGUCAUGUUCAUUGGAACAGAUAUUGGGACAGUUCUUAAAGUGGUUUCCAUUCCUAAGGAGACUUGGCAUGAUUUAGAAGAAGUCUUGCUGGAAGAAAUGACAGUCUUUCAGGAACCCACUGUUAUUUCAGCAAUGAAGAUUUCCACAAAGCAGCAACAACUCUACAUUGGCUCGGCUAUUGGAGUUUCACAGCUUCCUUUGCACCGCUGCGAUGUGUAUGGAAAAGCAUGUGCUGAAUGCUGCCUUGCUAGAGACCCUUACUGUGCUUGGGAUGGCUCUUCGUGCUCGCGUUACUUCCCCACUGCUAAGAGGCGUACUAGACGACAAGAUAUCCGAAAUGGAGAUCCACUCACUCACUGUUCUGACUUGCAGCAUCAUGAUAACCCAAGUGGGCAGAGCCUUGAAGAAAAGAUUAUCUACGGAGUAGAGAACAGCAGCACUUUCUUGGAGUGCAGUCCAAAAUCUCAACGUGCUCUAGUUUACUGGCAAUUCCAGAAGCAAAAUGAGGACCGAAAAGAAGAGAUAAAAGUGGAUGAUCAUUUCAUCAGGACAGAGCAGGGGCUUCUGCUACGGACCCUUCAGCGAAAAAACUCCGGCAUUUAUUUUUGUCAUGCUGUGGAGCAUGGCUUCAUGCAAACUCUGCUCAAAGUGACUCUGGAGGUAAUUGAUACUGAACACCUGGAAGAGCUGCUUCAUAAAGAAGAUGAUGGUGAUGGUUCCAAGCCCAAAGAAAUUUCCAACAGUAUGACCCCUAGUCAGAAAGUCUGGUAUAGAGACUUCAUGCAGUUAAUCAAUCACCCCAACCUCAAUACAAUGGAUGAGUUCUGUGAACAGGUUUGGAAAAGGGACCGCAAACAACGUCGGCAAAAACCCGCCAAUGCCCAGGUGAACACGAAUAAGUGGAAGCACCUACAAGAAAAUAAGAAAGGUAGGAACAGGAGGACCCACGAAUUUGAGAGGGCACCGCGGAGUGUCUGAGCUGCAUUACCUCUAGGAGCCUCAUCCAAGUAAAAACUUGUAUAGACAGAUAACUGGAAAAAAAUGCAAUAUACAUGAACUUUUUCAUGGCAUUAUGUGGAUGUUUACAAGGGUGGGAAGUUCAAACGAUUUCCACCAGGUUUAAAUAAAGUCCAUUUCUAACUUUCCUGACAGACCUUCCCCUACCAGUUCCCAGACCGAGUUGCAAGGAUGAAAACUCACCCUAGAACUUCCUUAUUGCUCAACGAGUUCUGCAAAGAGUUCAUCAGAAAGUUUUUGCUUUCUCCUUUGCCCAAGAUAGAAAAGUGUCAUGUUUCAUGCUGCCAUUUAAAAGGAAAGGAAAGCAAAAUUCACCUAUCAUCAGUUGUGCUACCUUUCCUGAACUUAACUAGAAAAGCCUGCCUGGACUAGCUAAGCUGAUCAACAUCCCAACGUUUGUAUGGAUGGAAGGAUUUUUGUAUGAUAUAAAGGGGCACUUGCUUGUGUGUUUUGGAAAGGUAAAAACAAUACAGAACGGGAUGGUCUGUGGAAAUCUGAACACCAUGAACCAGCCAGCAUGCAGAGGUGGAAAAACAAAAAAAUAGUGGAGUACACUGGCCUACUACUGACUUCUUUCAUCUUUGAUUUAAAGGUGUAUUUUAUUAAAACUAUAAUUUAAAUGUACCAUGACAAAUAUGCAGUAAACAUUAGUUCUUUUCUAAAAUAGAAUAGUUUUUUUUUUCUUUUGGAAAUAUUGUACUUCCUAAUUAUUGGCAAAGGAAAAAAACAAAUUAUAAUUAUGAGCUGCUUUAUUCUCUUGUUUGAAUAUUCUUUCAGGGCAGUAACACUACAGCUAAGCCCAUUGCCUGUACUCUGACAUUCUGUAGUACAAAUAACUUCUAUGCUAUUUUAACAUGAAAGUCUGUAUGUAGCAUGGAAUUUUUUUGACUCUUCACCCCUCCACCAUCAACACUGUUUAUGAGAAAAUUCAGUGUGUAUAAUAUCUUGGUAUGAAUAGAUAGAACCAAUGAAAAGAAAGUAAUCUAAAUUCCAUAAAUAAUACACAAUCAUUAAUCCAUGAGCAAAGCCCCUAUUCAGUUCAGAAGGAGCUUCAUUCACAACUCAGUGGUAGGGUAUUGUCCAAAAUUGGUUCUCUGUUCUCCAUUCUUGCUGUGCGCUAUGAUGAGCCAAAUGCAGAGAAUCAUCACAGAGCCAAUUAAAUGACAAAUAGGCCCUUAUAUGGCAUCAGCAAUAGGGGUCAGUUACACCUAUGCUCUUGUAAAUUGGCAUAUUGAAAUAUAUGCGGUUGCAACAAUGGAGAAUUUGGAACAGUAUAUAUAAUGUCCUUUGAAUUUAAUGGAUAGUCUGUGCAAUGGGGCUUCAGGAAAAGACAAGUUCAGUGGAAUUGUAUUAUAAGAACCUUUGUUUUAAAAAUCUAUGGAUGAUAGUUUUGGUCCACCCCAGUAUAGGUAUGUCUUUGGUCCCAGUUUUGUUGAAAUCCAUUCCCAGUUGUCCUGUCUCCCAUAUCUCAUGUCACUAUGGUCUGUAAACUCCUCUUGGCAAAUACAUGGCUUUUAUGAACAUCCGUGAGGAGGAGAUUACUGGAGCCCAGGUCGUUUGCUAAAAGGAUGUUUCUUGUUCGGAGGCUAAUGGCCUCUUUUACUAUUAUUCACUGCAACUUGUUGCAUUCGGGAUUCACAAUAAUUAUCUACAUUCACACAUACAGUGCAACACAAACUGCUGUCACACAGUCUCUCUCACCGUAUGAUCCAAAUCCCUUUACUACUCAAUUAAAAAAAAAACACAACUCUUCUUCCUAAUUACUGAAGUAUAGUUUCCAUAGCAAUGAGUUUUUAGUUAAGGGCCCAGUUCUACCAGGACUCUGUGUGGAACUUGUAUCAGUUUCAGAUAUUUGUUAAUAUGGCUCACAGAACUUAAAUGCGCUUGAUCAGUGUUUCUCAAACUGUGCUGUGCAGAGCCCCAGGGCUCCGUGAGACAUCUCCAGGGGCUCUGCGAGGUUGACAAACUGAAAACAUCGACAGGUACAACACAUACAAUCAGUGGACCGCUGGGGCGCCGCAUAAAUUUUUACGCAUGUAAAGGGCUCUGGUGUCCAAAAAGUUUGAGAACCACUACACUAAAGCAUACAAUCUUGCUAUCAUUUAAUUCAGUGGCAAAAAUCCUAUCUCCCAUAUCUCAUGUCACUAUGGUCUGUAAACUCCUCUUGGCAAACGCAUGGCUUUUAGGAACAUCCGUGAGGAGGAGAUUACUGGAGAUUACUGAUGCAAGAUCAGGUUGUAAAUCCCUGAUUCAGCUAAAAACUGAAACAAUUAACCUGAAAGCAUGCACUUAAGUCCUUCUGUUUUCAGCAUAGCACUGAAGAAUAUGCUUAACUUGACUUCUCUGGGACUUAAGCUGCUUAAAGUUAAGCAAUAUAUGCAAAUGCUUUGCUCAGUAUAAUGAUGGGUGCUGGGAGAAUUUGUAUACUGGGGAACUGUGUGUGAUUGAACCAAACUGCAAACUUUUUAUAUAAUGGAAACCGCUUCAAGCCAGGGGGUGCUGCAGUGCCACCAGCCCCCACUACUAGUUCCAGCAUCUAUGUAUGAUGAAUGUAAGCACAUCUUUAAGCAAGUGUUAACAAACUCUCUUGUAUCAGCACCCUACAUGAGCAUUAAUUUCUCAGCUCAAGUGUUUGAAAUUCAUUGCUGCCUAUCAGCUGAAGAAGUACUUUGUUGUACUUAUGGAUCAUUGUUCAGUCUAUUAAAGCUACUUUGUAUCCCAAAUCCAUUAAAAUAAUGUUAAAAGUUUCCCCCUUUAACAAAGAGGACUUCCAAAGCCCAUUGAACCCAGAGGAAAUACUCUGAUUUUAUUGGGCCCUCAAUUAUCUAAUUUCCUGCUUUGUAGAUUUAAUAGUGACUGUCCUCUAUUAAUUUCCCCUUGGCUAUCUUCCCUUUUAUAGAGACCCAUUGAAAAGCAGAUUAAUUAGAGAUUACUUUUGAAAACUGGCAUUCCUUCACAGAAAAAGAAAUACUCUGUAAAAGUUUAUUCAUUCUGUAAGAGCAAAAUUAUAGCAGCCAGGAGAUUUUGCCAUAUGAUAAAUAUUUAAAGGAAAGAAGCAGCCUCUGCAGAUGGGUGUAUAGUUUACACCUCCCGCUGAGGUCUGUGCAUCUACUCACAUAAGCAAAGGCUGAAAGGAUCAGACUGAAAGAGGAAACAGUUGAUUUUCAGGUUGAUUUUAACCAGAGUGCACUCAGACAAGAAUCUGUCUGAGUUACAACAGCAUCUGAUAUUGUUUGAAAUGAACUGAUUUCAAAGACCAUAGACUGUGAUAAAUUUGUGCAUGGAAGGGUGACGUAGAAUUUUGGUAUAGUUCACACAUCCUGUUUGUAUUUUUUCUUAAUAUGUCACAAUGUUACAAAUAAAAGGAAACCGUCACUUUAACUCACCAUCAAAAACCUCUAAGCCUCUAGUUCCAAGUUUUAGAUGAACCAAGUAGAAGGUUAUAUUUAAGGUAAAGAGAAAUAAAUGAUUUUGUUUAUAACCAGGAAACAUUAUAGAAAUUUUAUUUAAAGAUAUAAAUUAGCAAGAAAAAACGUUGAUAUCUUU